CCCGGAAACUUGGUAGUGUCGGAAUUUCCGGUGAUGUCAGAACGCCAGGCCUCCAUUCGAGCUGCAGCUGUUUGGAGAGAAACAACAACAAAAACGGGGCCGAGAGACGGAGCGGCCAACGGUGACAGUCCGCUCCGAGCUCGAGCAGCGAGGCCUCGAAUCUGGACGUCGAACCUCCUUUUCCCACCCGGAGCACCGCCGGCUUCUAACCACGGCCGCUCUCGGUGAGGAAACUCUGGCCUCCGCUUCCUCCUCCUCCGACUCGGACACCGGCGGAGCGUCGCCGCCCCCGCGGAAGAAGCACCGAGCCUCGGCGGCGGAGGGAGCAGGAGAGCCCGGGGCUUCAGCGGUUGUGCCAGGCCUUGCCGGAGUUGUUUUGGGACUCGGAGCCACAUCGACCAUCCACUUUAACCGCAGCACCGUCGGCCACCUGAGCAGCAGCAGCAGCAGCAUGCAGGCGAACGGAGCGGGGCAAGAAUCAGCCGAGCUUUCCUGCCUGAGCGUCGCGCAGAACGGCGAGUCGUCGUCGGCUGUAGACUGCGGCGGUGGGGCGGCGCACUCCAACGGGCUUCUACUCUCAGUUGCGGACAACGGCAUCGGCGUGGGCACCAGCAACGGAUCCGCGUCGUCCACCUCCGCUGCUUGCGGGACUUCUGCCGCGGCCUCGGAGGUGGGCUUGCUGAAGAAGAAGAAGCGUUUAUCGCAGGCGGAGGAAGAUGUCAUUCGACUCAUAGGGCAACAUCUCCACGGACUGGGGCUUAAUCAGACGGUGGACCUGCUGAUGCAGGAGUCGGGCUGCAGACUGGAGCACUCGUCAGCGAGCAAGUUCCGCAACCAUGUCAUGGAAGGCGAGUGGGACAAGGCUGAGAAUGAUCUCAACGAACUGAGAGCACUGAUGCAUUCUCCCAACGCCAUUGUGCGUAUGAAGUUCUUGCUGCUGCAGCAGAAAUAUUUAGAGUACCUAGAAGACGGCAAAGUCCUGGAGGCUCUGCAGGUGCUCCGCGGGGAGCUGACACCGCUCAAGUACAACACAGACCGCAUCCACGUGCUCAGCGGGUAUCUAAUGUGCAGCCAUGCCGAGGAUCUAAGGGCCAAGGCGGAGUGGGAGGGCAAAGGCACGGCCUCCCGCUGCCGACUGCUGGACAAAUUACAAACGUACCUGCCACCAUCCGUGAUGCUACCCCCGCGGCGGCUGCAGAACCUGCUGCGGCAGGCGGUGGAGCUACAGAGGGACCGCUGCCUCUAUCACAACACCAAGCUGGACAGCAGCCUGGACUCGGUGUCGUUACUCAUCGAUCACGUCUGCAGCAGGAAGCAAUUCCCAUGUUACACGCAGCAGAUUCUGACAGAGCACUGUAAUGAAGUAUGGUUCUGCAAGUUCUCAAACGACGGCACCAAGCUGGCUACUGGCUCCAAAGAUACCACCGUCAUCAUUUGGCAGGUGGACCCGGAGAGCCACCAGCUAAAGCUGCUGCGGACUCUGGAGGGUCAUGCGUACGGGGUCUCCUACCUUGCCUGGAGCCCCGACGACACCUACCUGAUCGCCUGCGGACCCGAUGAUUGCUCUGAGCUGUGGCUCUGGAAUGUUCAGACGGGGGAGCUGCGAACAAAGAUGUCGCAGUCCCACGAGGACAGUUUGACCAGCGUGGCCUGGAACCCUGACGGCAAACGCUUUGUCACCGGAGGCCAGAGGGGGCAGUUCUAUCAAUGCGAUCUGGACGGCAACCUGUUGGACUCGUGGGAGGGUGUGAGAGUCCAGUGCCUGUGGUGCCUGGGUGACGGGAGGACAGUUCUGGCCUCAGACACCCACCAACGAAUUCGGGGAUACAACUUUGAGGACCUCGCGGACAGAAACAUAGUCCAGGAAGACCACCCUAUCAUGUCUUUUACUGUUUCCAAGAACGGAAGAUUAGCUGUGUUAAAUGUAGCAACUCAGGGAGUGCACUUGUGGGACCUACAGGACCGAGUGCUGGUCAGGAAAUACCAAGGUGUCACCCAGGGCUUCUACACCAUCCACUCCUGCUUCGGAGGACACAAUGAAGACUUUAUUGCCAGCGGCAGCGAAGACCAUAAAGUGUACAUUUGGCACCGGCGGGGCGAGCUUCCCAUUGCUGAGCUGACUGGCCACACGCGCACCGUAAACUGCGUGAGCUGGAACCCGACCAUCCCGGGACUCAUGGCGUCCGCCUCGGACGACGGCACAGUGCGCGUCUGGGGGCCAGCGCCCUUCCUCGACUCGCAAGAGGCGGACGGACUCAACGAGAACUGCAGUAACAUGGACAGUUGAUGGACACUUCUCUCGCAAGAACCCACCAAUAUAAAAGUAAAAAUCCAAUCUCUACACCGAUCCAAAAAGUACGCCGAGGCAAAAAAAAAAAAAAAAAAGUGCAAGCCACCAAGACAAAAAUGACAGAGCAGACUGAUACUGGGACGCAGAAACGUCCCAACAGACCUUGAUUAUGGACAAUUUGGUGUCCUCAUCAAAAAAAAAAAAAAAAAAAAAAAAAUUAACAAAAAUAAAAUCCAGACCCACCUGGUCCGCCCCUUAACCCCCAGUCCAACGAGGAUGCAACCACCACCAACGGGUGAGCAGCAGAACACCCUUACCCCCCACCCCUCUCCACCAGUUUUCAAGAUCCCCUCGCAGUUCAGCUGUUGUGAUUGGAUGGCAUUUAUCCAUUUGUCUCUUGUCUGCCAGUCUCCAUUGAAAAGAAUGGUGGAGGGACAUUUUUGUAACGUACACUACUACUCUCAAAAAAGUCUGAAUAUUGGGCAUACUUAUAAAAACGUCUGAAUUUUUGGCGGAUUUCAGUAUGAACCUAAAAUGCACUAUAACCUAUACGGGUGAACUUAAUAUGGCUUUCCAGUGGCAGAUUUUUUUCACUUCUUUUAAAGACAAAAUGUUUUAAGUGAUAAAAUCUGCCAAUGGAGACUUCAUAAGCUUCCUAAAUAAGAUAAGUCUUGUGGCCUUUCUGAAAAUUUAGAAAAAUUUCAAAACUGUCUUAAAAUAAGUACACUAGGUGUUUUCAAUAAAAAUGACAAAUUCACUAGGUAUUUGUGUUUUUGCAGUGCUGCAGUUCCGUUCAUUUCAAGAUGAUCUGCGAUACGUUUUUUUUUUAGAUAUAAGCUUGCUCGCAGAACAAAUUAAACUCGUAUAUCAAGGCACCACUGUAGUAUUUUAGGUUUGUUUUGAAAAUUCACCUGAAAGCCCAAUAUUCCAAACUUUUUGCGAGUAGUGUUUCUUCCACUGACAACUCUCACACACACACACACACACACCCACACGUUUACGGUGAAAUUUAUUUUUUAUUUUUUUAAAGACAGCGGUAGAUGAAUCUAGAUUCUACUGACAAAACUAGCGAGAACGGUCCUCUCCCAGCCCUCACCCGUCGCACCUCUACCUUUUCAUGACGUUCGCUGCUGCACAAUUGCAUCUACCUAAACAAGGGGGAUGCUGCAUAUCAGUGUGUGUGCUUGUGUGUGUGCAUGGGAGGAGGAGGGGCUUAAUUUUCGAAACAUAUACUGUGACCUCCUGCCAAAAGUAAACAAACACGCUUCCCAUCGCACAUUGCUGUCUCUCCUCUGUUGUUGCGUGCAAGUGUGCAUGUAUGUGUGUAGGGAAAGCCAUUUGAGCAUUUAUGCCAUAACCUUGAUUUCCAGCUUUAGGGCCAUGUACUAGUACAUUCUUUGUCCUCACUUGUAAGACAACUCAGUGCACUAGUAGUAGGUCAACUGUGUCAUACUAGUAAUGUUCUUUUUCCACUCCGAGUGCCACAUUUCGCCAACUCAUACUAAAUUAACACACUAGUAGGCCCAACUAGUAGGCAUUUGUCACACAGUAGUAGCCUCCUGGACCCUACUAGUGGCACCAAAAUGCCCACUUGUGGUUUUGCCUAACUAGUAACAUAUACUGUAGUUGUCCAACUAGUAAAGUUUUCCCACCCGAGUGUAGAUGUGUCAUGCAGUAGUAAAAAAAUAUAGUGCACUAGUAGACCGACUGUGUCUCACUAGUAAUGUUUUGUCCACUGCUAGUGCCAUUUUGGGCAUACUCGUACGACCUUAUCCUGGAUAUCAAGGAUAUUUAAUAAACCAGUUUGAGCAUUUAUUUGAUGUCCUUUUAAUGCAGCUUAAUGUCCAUGUACUGGUAUGCUCUUUGUUCUCACUCGUAAGAUAAUUUGACACACUAACAGAACAACUGUUGUACUACUGUUUUCCAUAAAGCCGUUUGAGCAUUUAUUCGAUAUCCUUUAUAACCACCUUAAGGUCGGUCUACUACUAUGAACUUUGUCCUCACUAGUAGAACAACUUUGACAUAGUAGUAGUACAACUACAUGCUACUAGUGAGGCAAAACUGUGCUCUAGUUGACAACUGCGUGCUACUAGUACUAGUAGUGACAAAAUCUUACUAGUUAACACCUUGGGCUGCACUAGUAGUUCUAGUCACACUUGUAUGUCAACUAGUGCACAAUUUUGCCUCAGUAGUAAGAUAUAGUUGUUCGACUAGUGUGCAGAAUUAUUCAUGUUUAUUAUACUCUUUUAUCACUCAGAAAUAAAUUCUGCAAGCUAUAAGAAUGCCAGUCUUAUGAGUAACUUUUUUUUUUUCCCACCACUACCUUCCACUACUGUAUGAUGUUUCUGCAGACUAGUAGAACGAGUAAGGCGGACCAAUAAAACAACUACGUGUUACUAGUGAGGUAAAACUGCACUAAUUGACAUCCGUGUGCUACUGAUACUCUUAGUCACAUAAAAUUCUACUGGUUAACAUCCUUGGUACUUGGUAAAGCAGCUGGGUCUUGGACAUUUCUGCUCACGAGUAGGACAACUAUGUUACUAGUGAGGCAAACCUAUUCAGUAGUUGACAUCUGCAUGCUCCUGGUAUUAUUAGUGAAUCCCAUGAUGUUAACUAUUUAAAUUUUAUAAUGCCACAAGUAGUAUUUGUUGCAUGCAGUUGUCAACUAGUACACAGAUUUGCCUCGCUAGUAACGUGUAGUUUUUCUACUAGUUCGCCACCGUAGUCAUUCAACUAGUGUGCAAAGAUGUCAUACAGUAGUGGAAAAAAAUGUUACUAAGACCCACUCAUUUUACUAGGGGCCCUAGUCGUUCUGUUGUGCUCUAUUGUCUUACUAGUGAGUGAAAAGAGUGUACAAUUACAUGGACCUUAAAGUGGAAAUGAAGGAUGUGGAAUAAAUGCUCCAAUGUCUUUCCAUGUGUGUGCGUGACAGUGUUCAAUUGACACCAGCAGAAGAUUUCCCCCCCGUCCAAGCUUCCUUAAUCCUUAGUAAAAUUGUAAAAGAUGAUUUAAAAAUAAAAUAAUAAAAAUAUUCUAAGUUAUCCAAAGCCAUUUGGACCUCUAUCUGUGGAACAAAAGAAUACUUGAUAGCCAUUUUAUAUUUUAUUAUUUUUUUUAAAAUAUGGGAUUAUUAUUUUUUACACUAACUCCAUGUGGCAUUGGAACUGCACUGUGUUCAAAUGAGUUGGAAGAAAAAGGCUCACUUUUUUUAAUCGGAGGUCAACGAUUGUACUUACUGAAGCAACGACUCGGCGAGUUUGCGGUUUCUAGACUUAAAACGUACACACACACACACAAAACUGCCUUCCUGUUUGUAUAGUGGUACACACACACGCACGCACGCACACACACACACACAAAACUUCCCCUUUCUCUCAUUAAUUUACUGUCAAGUUGGAGAGGUUGUCAUGGUGUUCGCUGUUUAAUUUGAGCCCCCUGCUAAUUCAUCUAUGACUGAUUUUUGCAAAUUGGGCAUGGCCAAACUUUUCCGUGGUUUCCAGUGGUCAGUAUCCAUUCAAAAGCUUUCUUCCCUGCCCCUUUUUUCAGGGUAUCUGAUGAUGAUUUUGCCACAGACUGAGAUACAGUUUAAAAAAGAAAAAACAGUUUCAGAAACAGUGCUUUUCUGUCUUGUUUUUAUUGAAUAUUUUAUUUUAUUUUUUUCCAACAUAUUAUAUUAUCUCCCCCCUGUAUGAUCAUAUUAAAGUAUAACCAUACAUUUGGA